CGUGUGUUGCCACAUUGCGCAAAUCCCAAAAACCAUCAGUUGAAUCAUCUUGUCGCUUGAAUUGUCGUUGAAAAUAGUUAGUUGGUUUUUGUUUUUUUCUUAAAUUACGACGCAAUGAAGUUUUUGUACGGAUUGGCAUUGGCUUUAAUCUUCUUUGAAGGAUUUAUAAGCCAAUGUGAAGGUGCAGGUGGGUCAGAAGAGGCAUCGACCAGUAUAAAUCUUAAAAAUCUUCCAAACAAUGUAUAUGAAGAAAUCCUAUUCAGGACCGGUUUCAGUGCAACGGAAAAAGCAGCAAAAGACCGCCAGAGAUCGUUAGGUGCUGUCAAGAACAUACUUGAAGAUCGUAUAAUUCAGAUCAUUCCAAUGAAUUGGGACGACGAAGAAAUAAGAGAAGUCGAUCAAAGACAUCGAGGAGAUAACAUUUAUCUCAAUAUCUACGGUGGCAAAAGAAUACUAUCACUUUUUAAGAACUUUGGUGACCUUAUCAAGAAGAUUAAAAUUGACAAAUACAAACGCCAUCAGAUAAAUGAAAAUAUUGUCAAAAAUUUCAAGAAGCUGGAAACACUGAAUGUGAUUGCAUCAAAUAUUGAAAAAUUGAUUGAAAUUAAUGCAUUCAUUACAUAUUUCCCAUUUAUCAUGAAUCUUAAGGAAACAUUAGAAAGCUUUGGUAGAAAGAAACAUUUGAAUAUAAUAAGUCAAGAGUUAAAGCAAUCACAUAAACCAACAUGGAAGGUGAACUAUGUAAAUCCGAAAGCAAGCUAUGGGUACAUAUUGAUGCAGCGUAGCAAAUAA